GCUUUUUCUUCCUAUUUGCGGCUUUAAUGGUGUCGGUUGCUGUUCAUGGCUGUCGUGCAUGAACAGAAAGUUGAAAAUUAUCAUAAAUCUCAUCUGGAGUUCUGUUUUGAUUCCAGCAGUGACAUCUGCGAUACAGUGCGAUUUAUUUUCAUUCGAUUGCGUUGUGAGACGAGACGGUGUUGUGUCGCCUAAUUUGUUUUCAGUCAGCCCUUUAAAACUAAUGUGCAUGUGUAUGUAGGCAUUCACGACGACAAUGUGUACACAUACAUAUGUCUGCAUAUACAUACGAAAUUGAAGUUAUGCAAAAUGUGCAAUAUAAUGCCAAGCCAAGUUAAGGAGCAGUGCUUCGUACAUGAUUUUGCAAGGAAUGUUACUGUUAUAUAUGUGCUUGAAUUUCCCUGCACUUAUAAUGUGCCUAAACCGCUAAGCGAAACACAGUCUUACAGCGCAUCUGGCACUUAAAACAAUUUACGAAUUUAAUUCAUCUGAGACUAAGGAUUUCCAAUAGAUUACUUUUAGAAAUAGCGGAAAUAUUUUUGGAUGGCUGUAGAACCAAAAAUAAUCUACGCCUUGAUUUUUUCUCCUAUAUGGAAGUUAUAUAACUAGGAUAUGCAAGUGAAAAGUGAAAAAAAAACACUGAUAAGUAGUUCCUUUACUCACGCGCCUACAGUAGCAUCACUAGUAUUACGAAUAGCUAAAGUACAAGCACUAAGUUCUGUGGAUAACUCAAACGAUUUUAUCCAAGUUCUCAUAGCUUUGAAAUUUGUCCCUGUAGUGCUAAGGGCAAGAAGAUACUUAAGCACGGUAAUGGCAGCAAAGGUGGAUAAAGAAUUGCCAAUAGAAGAUGGAACAGCGCCGCAAUUAACGUCUUCAACCUCAUGUCUUGCUAAAAUAGAGAGCGUCAAUGAUGAUCAUCCAGACAAGUAUGUAUCCAGUGUGCCGAAUAACCGAAAACGACAGAGGCUAUCCAAUCUCGAUCUAAACAGCGGCCAGGGCGAUAAUGUGGACAACCAAAUCGAAGAACCCGAAUGCAAUACGAAGGCUAGAAUGUUAGACAGCAAACAAGAAGACUAUGUUGAAAUGGAAAAACUGCCAAGCCAAAACUGCAACAGCAUGGUAGAGGGAACAUUAUCCAUUGACAGGUUAAAAAGGAAAAGUCCUGAAAAACUGGUGGCAUUCGACUGUUAUGUAGCCCCUGAGCAGGCCUUGGUCACUAGCGUGGAACUAGUAGUUCCAGCUCCUCAGUCCCAGACCUCGUCGUCAGGCAUGCCGGUGGGGCCAUCCGAGGAGUCAAAGCCAGAUACCCUGGGAGAGUCAUCGGCAGCAUCGUUGACAACCCUUGAUAAAAAACAACUGCAAUACAGUACGGCUGGUCUGUACAGCUCUAGUAGUUCUACGAAUAAAUUAGCAAACGAUAAACUCGAAGGUUGUGCAAUUGACUCUUCCAAUUCGAACUUAAGAAUUCCUAAUAAGUUAGCAGUAACGACAGCAACUGGUGAUAUUUUACAUGAUGAUAGAAAAUCCUCUUUAUGGGCGCCUCACCAUGAUCAGUCUGAACAGAUGCAACAGCACAUGGAUUCGGCGGCGUCAAUUGAGACUAAGCAAGAAAUUGUGCAUGUUAACCAGGGACUGUCAUACGAAAAUCAGCAUCAGCAUCGCCACUCGGAACUUUUGCUUCAGAUCGAAAGGGAGAGCUCUGAGACGGGUGCAUUCUCGCAAGCAAUUUCAGUGCCAUUACAACAUCCGCUCAAUAACGCGACUCAAGAGCAAUAUGGCCAAACAGAAACCACUCCUAUCAUGGAUAAUCAGUUAAAUACUAAUUUUUAUACACAUAUGGCUCAGCAGCAGCACCUUCAUCAAAACCAGCAACAACAUGGCUUGCAUGAACACAUCCCACGUCAUCAGCAACAUUCAAGUUACACCAGUUACAUGCCUCAGUAUCAGAAUUCCUCGUUGUUUAGUGGCCAUCAAAGUGAUCAUCACCAACGACAGCAGGCGCUACAACAUCCAUUGGAGUGUCACGGACAUAUACAUCAACUGGUGCCUAUUUCCCAACAGCACCAGCAACAUUUGCAGCAUGAACAGCAGCAACAGCAAACUCAUCAGAGCCAUCAUCAACCGCCCCAGCAACAACACCAAUUGCACGAAACUUACCAUGAUCUUAUUAUGGAUGAUUUUCACGAGGAACCAACCACUGCUUUUAAAUUAACGCUGUCUCCCAGCACCGCAAAGCCUGAGAACCAAGAUGAUGGCUACGAAACUAGUGCGGGCGACGUUUUAACCCCGAAUUCUCAUAGCUCUUCCACCCACUCCCUAACGCCUCAGCAUCAAAUGCAACAUCCUAGCAUUAUGCUUUUGUCGCAAAAUCAAAAGAAACCCGAUGAGCUUCUAUUAACAAAGAACCUUCAGACUGGCGAAGUUCAAUCUGAGCACACUGCACCCUCGUCCAAGGGUAUGCAAAGACAGGUUUCUGCUUCCCAAAAACAUAUUGAACUGCCUGGAGGAGGCACAGUGUGCUCCAGUCAUGCUUCUGUCGUCGAGGCUUACAGCUUUAUGGGCGAGGAAAUGCGCACACAUUCGCCGUCCCAACGCCAUAUGGAGACUGUUACUCUUGGUUCAGCGCGCUAUUUGACAGAGACAGUGUCGAUGCCAGUCUCUAGUGCUACAGAGUGCCUAAGCGGUGAACUGUUUCAGCAUAGCCCAAGUAUAUUGGAACAAACAGAGACCUCACAAAGCGGGUUGCUUUCUAAGCCUCUGCCGAAGAAAAGGGGGCGUAAAAAAAAGCUAACUCUUGAUACUAUUGAUACCGCGCAGAUGUCAGUUUUAGCGACACAACAGGACUUAUCUGGCGGCAAAGCGAGCUGUGAAGGUGGCGAUAGUCAGCCUCUGCAUUCAAUUAAACCCAAGGAACGUAAAAAACAUGACCGAUUUAAUGGAAUGUCCGAGGAAGAAGUUAUUAAACGAACAAUUCCAGAUCAUCUGUGUGAUAAUCUCGAUAUUGUUAUAGUUGGAAUAAAUCCUGGUUUAUUCGCCGCAUACAAGGGCCACCAUUAUGCCGGCCCCGGCAAUCACUUCUGGAAAUGCCUUUACUUGGCGGGUCUCACCCAGGAGCAGAUGAGUGCCGAUGAGGAUUAUAAACUGCUUAAGCAGGGGAUCGGAUUUACCAACAUGGUGGCUCGCGCCACCAAAGGUUCAGCCGACCUGACCCGCAAGGAAAUCAAGGAGGGCAGUCGAAUAUUACUGGAAAAACUACAAAGGUUUCGGCCAAAAGUAGCCGUUUUUAAUGGCAAACUAAUAUUUGAGGUGUUUUCGGGGAAAAAGGAAUUUAAUUUUGGUCGCCAACCUGAUCGUGUCGAAGGCACUGAUACCUAUAUCUGGGUGAUGCCUUCAUCUUCAGCACGAUGCGCACAAUUGCCUCGCGCUGCCGACAAAGUUCCGUUCUAUGCCGCCCUAAAGAAGUUUCGCGACUUUUUAAACGGUCAGAUAAGCCACAUGGAUGAGUCCGAAUGCGUUUUUACAGAUCAGCGAAUCCGCCAGUGUAGUGAGCAGCAACAGGCGGAAAAUAGUAGUGUUCAGCAAUUGCAUCAAACUCCUUCUGGAGAUCAUAAAACCGGUUUAGGUUUCGUGGGAAACUGCAAUUCUUUAACUGCAAAAACUGCGGAGUGUGGAAAUGUGGCAUCUGUUGCCGAUAAUGCAGAGCAGGCCCAAUCUGAGGGCCAAUCAUCUCAUAAUAUGUCGGACAGAGGAUCGUUUUCCUUUACGGGUGACAAUAGAGCCAUGUUACCAGUUUCAAAUCAGAAUCCCCCGAACGAAAGCUCAUACUUAUCUGUGUUCGGACCUCAGCAAUCUCUGCCACAUCAACCUCUUGAGAAGAAAAAACGGGGCCGUCCCAAAAAGAUUAAGGGACAAGACCUUAUUGAUAACUCCGUUGGAAACAAAAUGACCAUGGCAGGACAACAUAUAGCGCACCACGAUCUGAACAACAUACUUAACCUAUCAGUGAUUCCUGGCGGAGGCAGCAUUGAAACACAAAAAAAGAGGGGCAGGCCAAAGAAACUAAAACCCGCUGUAGACAACAUAAUAUUAGUCAAACAGCUUCAGCACGGAAACACUAACCCGAACACAUCAGCAGGUUUGUCAGUGAGCUCAAUGCAUCCACUUUCAAUGGAGCAUAUAGCAGCGUCCCCUCAGAGCAAUCAUCAAAUGCCACCAAGUUUGUACAAUACCCCACCACCGUCUCACCUUUUGUACACGGCCUCGGCAUCACCAAUGGCUUCCCCCGCCCUAAACUGCAACUAUAGUCAAGUACACGGGCAUGGAACGCCACCGGUGGGGCAAACAAAUACAGUCGCUCAGGGCACGUCCCCUAUUAUCGAUUCGCAAAACGAACACCUGUCUUCACAGAAGACGAGUCAGCAUGGAAGCCUUGAGGUUGGUCUAGAUAUGCGGGACCAACCCCACUUGGGUGAGACUCCUCCACCGAGUUCGCCUAACAUUUGUACCGCCAUCGAUUUCGAUCCACCAGAAGAGCGCUCCGGUUGCCAAACGCGCUUGGCGGAGGAAAAUAAAGUAGUUGAGCUAGGUGAACAGCAAUCACAGAUGUUGGAAAAAGACCAGUACGAAAGUCCCGCUCACGAUGCCGGAACGCAUACAGCCCAUAGUCACGAGCACUAUCAGCACUGGCUUCCCCCGCAUCCCCACCACAGUGUUCAGCCAGCCCAGAAGCACCUCCAACAGCCGAUGCACCACUUCCAUGGAAACCAGCCGGAGAGCUGGCAGCAGCGAUACGAAGAGGCGAAUUCGAAUCCGUAUAUGCUCAUUUCCGGCCAGCCACGGUUGGGCAAUCAGAGUCAUCAGAAUGCCUCACAAUCGGGUAGCAUUGGUUCAGAUGUGGCCCGUAAGAGCUUAUGUGGUCUCGAAUCGCUAGUUGAUCAAAUACCCGCAAUUACAGAGCACGAAUGUGGCAACAUACCGUCGGCGACUGCAGCGGCAGCAGCGGCCGCUGUUGAAAAUCGUUUGUUAGGCUUGCAGCAACAGCAACAGCAGCAGCAGCAACAGGAGCAACAACACCACCAGCAACAGCAACAGCAAUCAAAACGUUGUGAUCAAGAGAAUCAGGGGCAGGCGGAGUUGGGUAAACAUCCAAGAGAGAGUGGCAGUGUGAGCAAUAGCAACUUCUCGGUGAGCAGUCUAGCUGCUUCCGCUUCGACAGCAAGAUCUGACAACGAAGCUAUGUAUGGUAAUGGUGGAGAGAUUCGAGGAAACAGUGAAAGCAGUAAUAACAACAAUUGUUCUAACCUCAUUGAGUAUCCUAUUCCAACCGGGUUUUCCCAUCAUGCAACUCAUCUUAUCGGGAGCGCACUGGGGGCAACCAUUAACAAUUCAGACCCCAAUCAUCUACCGCUUUCGCACCCUCAUCAAACUCCGCAUUCGCAUCCGCAUCCAAUGUACAUGGACCAGACGCACCACUUGGCCCAUAUCCCACCAGUUAAUGUGAGUUCGAUUUACGGUCCAUCCGCCUACGGGUCGCAUCCACAGCAUAACACAGGAGACUAUACAGCUGGCCACUAUAGUCUGGGGAGUAACGUGCAGUCCACUGGUUCACCCAGCACUGCUACUUUACAUGUGCCUAGUCCAAAUUAUCCCUUUGGACACCAUCCAUAUGGUCACACACCGCCCCAAGCUAGUUAUCCAGGCUAUACUCACCCUCAUACGCACCAUCAUUCGCACCACAGUCAUCCCUCGCAUCAUCUCAACGUUUUCGAUCACCUGAAGCCGUCGGACAUAGGGGGGCUACGGAGGUUUUUGAUUAAAAAAACAAGGGCAACCAGGGGAACAGCAACCGAUAAUGAGAUCAGAAUCGCAACGAUCCUUCGUAUACAGCGACUUGGUGUGAAUAGAAAUCGUUUACUUGUACGAUUUUGCGUCCCGCCGCAUCCCAGCAAUAUUUAUCAAUCUCCGGCUUUGCCGAUUCUACCUUAAGAAAUUUUUAGAUCUUAUAUAUAUAUUAAGAUAACCAAAGACUCCGCCUAAUAUAAUUAUUUAAGAGUUACUUUCUUUAAUUACGAAAUACUACAUAUGAUAAUGUUUAACUAAAUAAAAUACGUAACCCACAGUAAAGUCUAUACUUAAACAUUUGUUUGUAAUUAAUAUUACUUAAUGUUAACGAACUUUAUUUCAUAAUCGCAAUAAUAAAUUGCUUACAAUACUACAACAAAUUAGGCUUCAGAAAAACACACAUAAAAAUGUGCCAGGCUUAAAUAUGUGGCCGAUAGAUGUCGCCACUAUAUUUUACAGUUGUUAUUCUAACAUAUAUCGAUUUUCAAUAUGUUUUCUGCUUAAUAAUAAUAUUUGUAAUCAUUUUAUAAUGUAUAUAAACAUGUAGAAACUUUUUGAAACUGAAUUUAUUUAAAAGAAUAAAAAAUUAUUCGUGAUCUAUGCAAGUAUUUAAAAGUUUUGACAUAAACGUGAAAAUAAUGAAAAUAAGUUUAUUUAUUAUAUUUACUUUCUUUAUUUUCCGGUUAUCACAAAAGUUGAACUCGAAGUUGUCUGUCAAUAUGGGUAUCAAGUUUUUUUUUUAUAUUUUCAAAUAAUAAUAAUUCACCUAAAGCAAAUAUCAGUAUAAAAUAAUUUAUUUUCGUUAUCGGUUUAAAUUUUAUGCUCUACCGGUUUUCUUUGUUCGGAAAUAAUUUUUACUUAUGCCAAUAUAUAAACUCUACUUCUAACCAAGCAAGUUAUGCUCAAUUUCGACUUCAAUUUCGACUACAAUUUAACAUUUUUCUAAUUACUAUAAACAGACCAACAAUGCAUAACCGGUAUUUUGAAAAUGUAAAAUAUUUUUGCGGUAGUUAUUUAUUCUGUAAUGUUUGCUCCUUGGAAAAACAUUUUCAAGACAAGGGUAUCGCAUAGCUGUUAUUAUUAUAAAAUAGGCAUCGAGAUAGAAUGUAAGCAUAAGAACUUUUAUUAUUGUAUGUAUUUAUUUUCAUCAAUUAUAUGGUUAACGAAAAUAUACUUCUGAUUCGUAAGUUCUUUAUUUGAA